GGUGACGUCAUCGGGGCGCGCCGGGAACUCCCGGACGGCAGUGGCGCCCUGAGGCGGCGGCUGCGGAUAAAUGGCCGGGAGGCGCGGGCGGUGCGAUGCUGGGCUCUCCCGCGGACUCGGGCCGGCCUCCGCCGUCGCCGCAGUCCUGUUCCCCUGGCCUCUCUGGGCUGGUGCCCCGCGCUGACCGCGGACGGGGAGACAGAGCCCUCGGCCUCUGUCCCCUUCCGCUGCGCUCCGCGGCCGCCCGGGCCUCCGGCGGGGGCAGGCAAGGAUUUGCGACGCUUAGGCCGCUGCAGGGCCGCAGCACUUGGGCAGGUGACGUUUCACUCUGCCAUCUGUGUUUUGGACACUUUCUCACAAUGGAGUUCCCUGACUUGGGGAAACAUUGCUCAGAAAAAACUUGCAAGCAACUGGAUUUUCUCCCAUUAAAAUGUGACGCCUGUGACGAAGAUUUCUGUAGCGGUCAUUUUGCUUACGCUGCGCAUAAGUGUCCCUUUGCGUUCAAGAAGGAUGUUCAGGUCCCGGUGUGCCCGCUUUGUAACUGCCCGGUGCCGAUAAAGAAGGGAGAGAUCCCAGAUGUGGUGGUGGGUGAGCACAUGGAUGGAGACUGUAAACGUCCCCCUGGGAAGAAGGACGAGAAGGUCUUCACGUACCGCUGCUCGAAGGAGGGCUGCAGGCGGAGAGAGAUGCUGCGGGUGGCCUGUGGCGAGUGUCGCGGCAGUUUCUGCAUUCAGCACAGACACCCUCUGGAUCACGGCUGCGCCCGCGGAGGCCGCCCCGUCAGCUCGGCUGGGUGCUCGGCGGCGAGGGCCUCGGAUCCUGGGCCGUCGGGGGCUUCACGCAAGGGGCCGGGUGCCUGGCUGGCGCGGAGCUUCAGGUGGAAAGUGAAGCGAUGACGUAACUGUGUCUGUUGAAACUGGCCUCUUUCUGUGCGUUAUUUGCACGUUGUGGAUACUUUUUGCUCUUGCACUUCCAUGCUUUCCACAGCGAGCAGCCCUGCCCUGGGCUGGCCAGUCAAGGGCUUCUGCCACUUAAACCACCGACCGUGGAUCACACUGUGCCCCCCUCCCCCACAUGGCUUCUGUGGCGAUCGGCCGUCUGAGCCCAGGCACGGGGGUGGGGCUGCACCUACCCUGUUAGGGAUCCUUGUGCAGAGCUGGCCCCCAGCCCGUGGCUCCCGUUCGACGGAGAGAACAGCCUGGACCCUCCGCCUGCAAGCGUUGGGGUGACACCGAGGGCCUUGGGGGACCUCGGGCGUCAGGAAACCGGGUGGAGAGAAAUACCCUCCAGUUGGGUCUCAGUCGUAACCCACGGGGUGUCCAGCGUGCGCCCCGGCCCUCCCAUUGCUUGUGGGUCGACAGACCCCUGCAGUUACUCUCUCUCUUCUGGUUCCCCAGCCUCAGGGUGUAACGGAGGGGGCAGGGGCAUUCAGCCCUGGUCACAGGUGGGUGCUGCAGCUCUUCCCGUCCCCCGUCUCGUUCGUGGUGGUAGACCUGGGCCCGUGGUUCCCCAGCUGUGCCAGAAUCCCUCUGGGGCGUGUGAGAGCAGUGCAGCCCCCCGCCACAGAGUUCCUGAUGCUCUGGGUCUGGGGACCACGUGGAGAGCGUGUCAUCUGGGGUCCGGGUCCGGUGCGGAGGUCGCAGGCCUCUAGGGAGCGCGUGAAGCCAGCGCGGCCAAGGAGCUGUUGCCUCACUCGCUCGUUAGGCACCCGUGUUGCGUGUGGGAAUCUGGUUGUGAAUUUUUUGAAGUGUAAAUACAGAUCAGGUCUUAUGAAAGAUUAAUGUCCAAAUUCAGACUCUAAGAUGUUGGGUUUUAAGACAAUACCAAAAAAAAAGAAAAUAUCUCACUUAAAACUAUUUACAGGUUGAAAUAGUAUUUUGGAUGUGAUGGAUUAAAUAAAACA